AUGGGUGUAGGGCCCGAGGUGCCUAAAAUGCCACUAUAUAUGUAUCAAGGAGUUCAAGACGAGGUGGCACCUUUGUCAGAGGUUGAUAAAUUGUACAAUUCAUACUGUUCUCGAGGAGCAACCAUUACAUAUCAAAAGAAUGCUGCUGCUGGUCAUGUUGGAAACAUGAUUUUAGGAAGUGGACCCGCUUUAGGGUGGCUAGAAGAUAGACUAAACGAUAAACCUACGACGACCGGAUGCUCAACAACUACUCUACCCCUCGGAGGAGCUCUUCAACCAUCAAAUUUAAGCAUUCUAGGUAGUUUGGCUGUUAACGAUAUCAUGAGUUUAUUUGGGAAAAAAAUUGGCAGCCUAAAAUUUUCGUGA